AGAUGCUGGGCCAGACUCACCUCCGCUUGGUCCUGCUGACUGCUGCCGUCACCUAUACAGUGGCGCAACACGCACCGCCGUGGACGGAAGACUGUAGAAAAUCGACCUAUCCUCCCUCUGGACCAACCUACAGAGGCCCCGUUCCAUGGUACACCAUCAAUCUCGAUUUACCACCCUACAAAAGAUGGCACGAACUGAUGGCCGACAAGGCACCACAGCUAAAGGUUAUAGUGAAUUCCCUGAAGAAUAUAGUAAAUGCAUUUGUGCCAAGUGGAAAAGUUAUGCAGAUGGUGGAUCAAAAGUUGCCUGGUCUACUUGGCAACUUUCCUGGCCCUUUUGAAGAGGAAAUGAAGGGAAUUGCAGCUGUUACUGAUAUACCUUUAGGAGAGAUUAUUUCAUUCAAUAUUUUUUAUGAAUUUUUUACCAUGUGCACUUCAAUAAUAACAGAAGAUAAAGAAGGUCAUCUACUACAUGGGAGAAACAUGGAUUUUGGAGUAUUUCUUGGGUGGAACAUAAAUAAUAAUACCUGGGUCGUAACUGAGGAACUAAAACCUUUAACAGUGAAUUUGGACUUCCAGAGAAACAAUAAGACCGUCUUCAAGGCUUCAAGCUUUGCUGGCUACGUGGGCAUGUUAACAGGAUUCAAACCAGGACUAUUUAGUCUUACACUCAAUGAACGCUUCAAUAUGGACGGCGGUUAUCUGGGCAUCCUAGAGUGGAUUUUGGGAAAGAAAGAUGCCAUGUGGAUAGGCUUUAUCACUAGAUCAGUUCUGGAAAACAGUACAAGUUAUGAAGAAGCAAAGAACAUAUUGACCAAGACCAAGAUACUGGCCCCAGCGUACUUUAUCCUGGGAGGCAACCAGUCUGGGGAGGGCUGUGUGAUUACACGAGGCAGAAAAGAAUCCCUGGAUAUAUAUGACCUUGAUCCUAAGUAUGGUCGAUGGUAUGUGGUACAAACUAACUAUGACCGUUGGAAAAGUCCCUUCUUCCUUGACGAUCGCAGGACGCCUGCAAAGAUGUGUUUGAACCGCAUAACUCAAGAGAAUAUCUCCUUUGCAACCCUGUAUGAUGUUCUGUCAACAAAACCUGUCCUCAAUAAGCUGACUGCAUUCACAACCUUGAUCGAUGUUACCAGAGGGCAGUAUGAAACUUACCUGCGGGACUGCCCAGACCCUUGCAUAGGCUGGUGAGCACACAUCUGACCCACAGAACGCACCUCAGAGGCCUGAAGACAGGACCUCACACGUGGCCGGCCCGUGCUGCUGUCUAAUCUUCCAAAGACUAAGCCUCAGGACAGGUUCUCACUGUCACAAGCUGGUCUUUCUCUGUAUGUUUGCAAUACACAGUAUUUUUGCCAUUAACAGUUGAUUUUUCUUAUUUACAGAUAACGUCUUUAAGUGAAAUAAGACAAUCAUCUA